AUGGACGCCGGUAUCAUCGCUGCAUUCAAGCGUCACUAUCGGCGUCUGCACCUACAGAACGCUUUGGAUCGCUAUGAUGCGGGAGCGGCCGAUCUCUACAAAUUCGAUCAAGUCACAGCCAUGCGUUGGUCACUAAUGGCGUGGAGCAAGAUUUCGAGCACCACCAUUGCGAAUUGCUUCAAGCACACUGGACUCAUGAAUGGGCCGACUUCACCAUCAGUUGAAGGAGGCGCUUUAGCAGGGGAAAUUCAGCUGCCUGUGCAACAGGAUGCAGAUCUGGUUGACUAG